AUGUCCCACUGCCACGACGAGCACCACGACCACAGCCACGGCGGCCACGGCCACGACGAGCACGACCACUCGGACGACAUCACGCCCGCGCUGCAGCACUCGCUGUACGGCCACAUCAACUUUGACGAGGUGACGGCCCUCAACGAGGCGGCCAUCGGCAGCGCGCGGGCCGUCGUCAAGAAGACGUGGGCCGAGAGGCUGGACGCCGAGCCCGAGGUCGUGAGCGACUGUGAUGAGCAGUUGUUGGUUAACGUUCCCUUCACCGGCCAAGUAAAACUCCACGCCCUCCUCCUCCGCACCUCCGACUCCCCCUCCGCCCCGCGCACCCUCAAACUCUUCAUCAACCGCGACGACCUCGACUUCGCCUCCGCCGAAGACGCGCACCCCACGCAGGAAUUCGAGCUCUCGCGCACGGGGCAGGUCCAAGAGAUCCCCGUCAAGCGGAGCCUCUUCGGGCGCGUCCAGCGCCUGACGCUGUUCUUUGAGGAUAAUUUCGGCGACGGCGACGAGGGCGAGACGAGGGUGUCGUAUUUGGGGUUCAAGGGCGAGUGGAUGCAGCUGGGGCGGGCGCCGGCGAAUAUUCUGUACGAGGCGGCGGCGAAUCCUAGUGAUCACAAGGUCAAGGGGACGGGGGUGAAUGAUGUUGGGAGCGGUAUUGGAGGACGGCAGUGA